AUGUCGUCUUCUGAUGAAUCUGACUUUGUCAUUCUCGCAAACAACGAUCUCACGGACUACAACGACGCGGGAUAUCUACCACAGAAGCCGGAAACUCUCGCUGCCAUCGAGGCAUGGCUAGCUCCGACAAAAUACCUGUCCGAGAAUAGCGAGUAUCGCAAGCAUCUCAACAGCCACUUAGACGGCACCGGCCACUGGUUUCAGAGCUCUAACCCGUAUCAGAAAUGGCACGAUAGCUCAACCGUUGGCGCUCUCUGGGUCAAAGCCGUCGCAGGCGCCGGCAAAUCUGUUCUUGCUGCGUCUACUGCUGCGAAGCUUGCUCGAGACGAGAAGGUGCCGGUCCUCUUUUUCUUCUUCCGCCAGAUCGUCGCGUUGAAUCAUGAGCCCAAGUAUCUGGUGCGAGACUGGCUUGCUCAACUACUUCCCCAUAGUCCAUGGCUGCAGAGCAAGUUGAAGACCUAUGUCAAGGACAGCGCCGAAAUCGAGACUAUAUCGCUAGAUGAGAUGUGGCGACAUAUAUGCGACGCGCUCUCUUGCAUGCCGAGGGCAUACUGCAUUGCCGACGCCCUCGAUGAGAUGGACCAUAACAACGAAACCUUUCUCGAUAAACUCAUUUGCCUUGGUCAACAGAAGCCUGGAAACAUCAAAGUCCUUCUGACAAGCCGCCCUGUUCCUCGCAUUGAAAUUCUGCUGCGGUCGCAUGUCUCAUAG